CGCCAGUGCCCCAACAACAAAAGGAUAUACAUCUCAGCCCAUGCAGAACCUACAGUUGUUAAGUGUUGCAGCCUUGCUGCUAUGCGCUACCAUCGCGCAGGCACGACCACAAGGACCUGCUACAGAACCGAUCAAGAUCUUGCGGCAGGAUCAGGAGGUCAACUUUGAUGGCUCCUACAAAUAUGGCUAUGAGACCGAAAAUGGCAUCAAUGUGGAGGAGGAGGGUUAUCUUAAGAAUGCAGGCACUGACAAUGCAGGACCGGUCGCACAGGGCUUCUACUCCUACACGGCACCUGAUGGCACACCCAUUCGGAUCACCUAUGUGGCCGAUGAGAACGGCUUCCAGCCGCAGGGCGAUCAUUUACCGACAGCACCGCCCAUUCCACCAGCCAUACAGCGGGCCUUGGAUUACAUUGCCACCGCACCACCACCGCCAGCUGAAUCACAAAGCUACACCGCACGCAGAGGCUAACUAUCUAUCUAUUUGCUGCUAGCAAAUUGAUGACAGCAAAGGGAGGCAGAGACAACCGCAGAGAUUUGUUAUUUAAAGCU